GACUAGACAGGUAGUAAUUUUCUACGCUGCAGCACGCGAGCUCUACGUCGCCCAGUAAAGUGGCCAUGGACAUGAUAUCUCAGGUCCAGUACAGAGUAGGAUCAAACAGGUAGACGAGUAUCUACCUGAAGGGAGUAGGAGAUAGGUGAUACGCAGCGUAUCCCUCUCCCAGAGACAACGGUGACCAACGGAGACAUGAAGCUCUCGACUCUCGCCCUUCGAGCACUGAUCUGUUGCCAGUGUUGGAGCUGCCCCGAAGAAAAGCUACCUUGACCGCGUCCGCUCAAGGCGUACUCCCUUCGACGCCUCUUCGACGCCUCUUCUCUCCUGAAACCAUGAAUCGUCGCACCCAUGCUUCUCUUGGGAUGAAAGCCGAGCAGAGAAAAAGUCACCCACUGUGGCCCCUGGAGUCUGUCCGGCUAAUCCUCCCUUCUGGGCGAUUUCGGGCUUCCACACAGCAAAGAAAAAUAUCAUGGGGUCAAUCAUUCGACCGCCGUUGGAGCCCUGGCUUUGUUAGCGUCUUGGAUCUCGAUUCCUGCUGGGCCGGUGGCACCCCGGAUGGUCUGUACAAUUGUACCAUUGUACAGCGUAGUGAGAGGCGCGCGAUGCCCACUACUGCAUGCCGUUCCUGCAUCGCCCCUGUCUCCGACCCCGGUCGCGUGGUCUGGCACCAAAGUCGCGUUCAAUUCGAUGAGACGUCGCAUCCACCGCCCAAUCCUACGUAACAUCUUGUGCUUCUUGUGUUCAAUUUGCUCCCACUCUGGUGCCUACUGUACCUCAUUGCAGUCGAGUCCUGUUUCCUCAGCGGCGGCUCUACCAGUUGGUACGUGGACGAAAGCCCAUGAGGCGUCUUUAAUGGAUGAUACCGUCAACAACGGCAAUUGGCGCGAAAACUGGCGAGAAGGAUCAUGAUGAAAAGUAAUAGUGCUACAAACCCCUUGGCCAGUUGGAUCUCGUCGUCAGUAUUACUUUUUCCAACACUAGUCCCCAGCUCUGUCACCUUGGGACCACUUGUUGGCGGCAGGGCUGUGAUGGGCUUGUGGCUACUCCAGUCAUACAGAAGUGCCCUUGUCGUUGUGCCUCACGGUGAGUCUCCUCCACUCCGCCGAGGAUCGCUUCCUCCCCACCAGCUACCACGACAAGGUACUCGUAUGUGACCUUCUCUCCCGUAGCACGGAGUACCUGGCUUGGACCUAAGACACCGCUAGACGGCCGUUAUUUCAGUAAGCUGCAGGUCCCAAACUCUCCAGGAACCCGUGUUGCCAGCUAGGACAGGUCAGGAUAUCAUCCGCCGUCUACCAAGUCUGCUCCAUCCUACCGAAUCUGCUGUCCUGAUCCUGCUUUCCAGGGUGUACCCUGACACACAUUUUCUCCUCGGUGGUCGGUACUGAAAGGCUACGCUUCUUUCACGUCUGAGCAUGCUCUCGUCGUCUUUUCCCCUCUCGAGAUUGCAGAUCUAGACUUGAAGGACUGAACCUUUGAUAUUCUACCCCGUCCCACCCACCCUCCAUUGACUCUCUCCCACACCAUCUCCUCCUUCUAUACCCAGCCUUGACCUCGUCACGCGGAUUGCUCGGGACGACCGGCCUACUUUCAGAUAGCAAUUCCUCAGACAAUACGAACCGCGGUCAUGAGAUUAUAGAGCAACGGGAGCUGGCUUGUUGCCUUGCGAGAAACUCAAGAUGUCUUCGUUGUCAGAUCUAAGGGGCCUAUGCCCGGCUCCGUUUUUGCAAGAAAGCGUCUUUCCAGACACCGGCGGAUUUACUCCAGGUCGCUUCUGCAUGCCUCUACCCGAUCUUCACAACUUGACCUGCUGUUUGCCCUGCCCUUUGUCUGAUUGGGCAUACUCGGAUGGAUUCGAGAGCCGGACGGAGAUUGCCAACUGGGUGAACGUAGCAGCCUUCAUUCUUUCCGUUUAUCUUAUCCUGUCAUUCGCUAUCCUGCCAGUCAAGUUCACCCACAGGCAUUACUUGAGCGUUUGCCUCACUUUGGGCGUGGUCUUUCUUGAGCUUGCCUUUAUAAUCCCGCAGGCCGCGAAGCCCGACCAAUGUUUCAACGAGAUCACCCCCAAUGACAUGCACUCGAGUGGUGUCUGUGCAGUCAGCGGUGCGUUCUUAUUGUUUGGAGGAUGGGCCAUUGUCAUUUGGGUAUUUUGCCGAGCUCUUGCACUUCACCUCCAGAUCUGUUGGGAAGUGGUACCUGGAGACAAAUUCUUCUACACCUCAUUGGCCUUUGGAUGGGGCAUACCCAUUGUUGGCCUUGCGCUCACGCUGAGCCUGACAGGCGUUUCCUUUCGCUUCGGUAAUGUCUGCCACAUCAACCAUAAGGAUGCUUUGCAGGAUUUCUGGGGCCCACUGUUGGCCUUUGCUGCAUUGGGGUUGGUACUGCAGUUCAUCACCAUUGGCUAUUGCGUCCAUGUCUAUAUGAAGAGCAUCCUCGAUGACAAGCCAACCACCAACGACAGCUCCCAGGCUCCUCCCACUUACUCAAACAGUAUGAGGACUGUGUCUGCAAGACAGACGUAUCGCCGGGUGAAAAGGGUUGUCCAGCUACAGUGGCGUGGUGCAAGCAUUGUCCUUGUCAUCACUGCGGAGGUUGUCUUCUUCUCGGUGGUGUUUGUGUCAAUGGAUAACAGCACCCAAAUCAACGAACAGCUUCUGCGCAAGGCUACCCCGUGGCUGAAUUGCCUGGCACUCGCCCAAGGAGACAAGACCAAAUGUCUGUCAUACACGAAAGGACUGGUAAAAUCAGAAGGCGUGGUGCUGGCAGUGCUUAUUAUCCUCGGGCUCAGUGGCUUCUGGUGCCUCAUGUUCCUGGGCAGAUGGUCGAUGACCCAUGGUUGGAUCGAAUUUCUGCGCAACAAGUUCCCACGGCGGAAGGAAUUUGUCUCGGCUGAUGCCAGACGGCUCUCGACCGACCCUCGUACGUACGAAAUGCUAAGCGGAGCCGGGCCACAACUGAACCUUCAAACUCCAGAUCGGGUUAUGACCAAUCCCAAUCCUCGGACAGUCCUCUCUCCGGACCCGGACACAAAGCAGGGCUACUUUGAUUCCGCGCAAGCCUAUAUCAGUCCAGUCUCGAGCCACUCCUCUCCCAGGUCGCCCAGUCGAAGCCAUAAUUGGAAUCCGAGGUCCACAUUUGCCGGUCCGGCGGAAGUUGGGAAAGAGACUGGCACGAAAACAUACCUAGGUUGAAGACAUAUGUCCCGGCCUUCUGAAAUUUAUGUUCCGGAGGAUACCUGCGCGGUUGAGCAAUGGCGUUGAGGAUUGAAUCAGUUCUUUCUUGUGCGACUCGGCUUUGUCACCUUUGGGAGCAUCUGCUGUUCGAAGGCAUAGAUGCCCAGACAACAGCGCUGGGUCUCGCUUUUUCUUUUUUUGGGCAGUGGUCCAUUACCAAGAGGAGUUGCGGCAGAAAAACUCCAAGGUUAUGUGUUACAAGGGAUGACAUUGUCCACCGCCUGGAGCAGUGUUAUUUGCAAAUUGAAGCAUGGCGAUGAGGUGGGACAGUUUGGAGCGGUCGGUCUUGUUUUCCGACAGGGUUUACGGCUCGACCAGAUCUGUGGAUGAGAUGAACAAACGAUGGAGCUGACAGGACGGUACACCCCAGACGACCGAGGUUACAAAUGUACAAAAGCAAAGCCGGCGCGGAGAUACCCAGAUCAUUCUUAUAGGCGCGGCAAUGGUGGAACGACUUUCUGUUUUCCCGGUUACUAAGGGUGUGGUUUGCGCUGUAAGAGUGUGCCUUGGUUAACGAAGGCGCCGGUUGAGGUGCAAGCGAAGUCCGCAUUCAGAUAUUCCCAGUAUCAAGAGCGACUGCUCUGGUCGGACAGGCAUACGUAUGUAUAAUAUGUUCUCAUCAAAUCCUGUUACUCGAAUUCAUGUAAAGAUGAAAGACAAUUUGAACGCCCUG